AUCUCUGGCAAACACCCAGUCAGUUGUACGGCGGAGUGAGUGACCUGAUAACAGCAAGCUAACAGCCCGGCUAUCUACGAAUCAAAAAGGAUGUUAACUGCACUGGUUAUUGCAAUAAUCCUUAGCAUCCAGCUUGUGUCUGCAAUGCCAGGCACUGAAGAGAAGUGUCUUGAAGGCGUACAUCACAAGAUGUUUCCUUCACCAGAGACAGGCUUUGCGACUUGUUUUCCCUGGCAAAACGAAUCUUGCUGUUCAGCGGAAGUAACUGUGGAUCUGAUGGAACGUGGCGAGAAAGAUAUAUCCCACUUUGACUGGGACUACUGUGGUGGUUUAAGCGAGCAAUGCAAAACCCAUAUUAUGGGCAUGCAAUGUCUAUUCUUUUGCGAUCCAAACCUGGCCAAGUGGGGGGUAUCUGAUGGUGUGGUCGAUGAAGUACCCAUCUGCACUGAUACCUGCAAUGAAAUGUUCGAAGCCUGCAAGAAUGACAAGACUUACUCCGAGAACUGGCUGGAUGACUUCAUUUUGUACCGCAAUUCAAAGGGUCCAAUAAAACCUGACAGACCUUGUCGCACCUUUGCCGAGAUUUUUAAGAAUGGUGAAGGUAUGUGUAACCACAUAUAUGGAAACUGCUACAGGUACGAAAGGUCUUCCAACUGCAUGGUUUUUGAUUUCAAAGGCGAAAACCCGAACAACAAAGUCGUGCCACGUUCUUCUUCGCAUUAAGUCUUUGAAAAACAACGUUAAACAACAGCUAAUGCUAAUAAUAUGUAAUAAUCAUCAGUGACAAAGAGUAUUCCAUAAGGUUUGAGUUCAAAGCUUUUCAUAACUUUUAUUAGAAUAAUAAUAAUGAUAUAAGCCAAAGAAAUGUUAUAAUCAAAUGAAUAAAGGAUGUUACAUUAAUAAACAAUUGAUGUGAAUUCA